UUCCAACAUAAAUUUUCAGCUAUAUAUACAGGCCAGUGCGUCGUUCGAGUCACACCAGACGACUAACCGCACUGAUCUUUAUAUUUUGUGUAAGCCCAGCAUAUCGUAGCAGCAUUCACCAUGAAGACAGUAUUUAUUAUUCUUGCCCUGAUUGUCUGUGCCGUCGUGGCCGACAACUACAGAUGCCCCAACCCGGGUGACGCUUUUGAAUGCUUUGAGUCUGACGCCACUGCCAGGUUCUGUGUGUCUGGUAAACGGGGAGCCUACGUCAUCUGCUCCAAAUGCAGAAGGAAAUACGAGUUCUGCGCCAACGGCGCUAAGGUGUCCAAGAGACCGGAAGUUGAAUGCAGACCAGAUUGGGCCUCAACCGAAUGUACUUCCGAUAACAGUGAUGUCCCCUCUGUCAUGUAAAUAUUGAGGUGAUGUAAAGACACAACCAAGACACAACCAAGACACAACCAAGACACCAAACAGACCUGUUAGUACGUGUUAUAUUUAUGGAAUUCUCAUAUGAAGUUAUUAUGUAAUAAACUCAAAUAUAAGAAAGAAAA